ACGGAAGAAUUUCUUUGAAGAAUUUCUCAUCUCAAUGUAGGAAACGGCUUCUGUCGCAAAAUAUGCUGAACCAAAGAGGAGUCUUGUGGCGCCAUGAAACUUGAAUAGACUAAGGCUGCGAUCCUUAUACAGGCUUACCUGAAAAAAUCCAGUUGUCUGUAAUGUAAACCUAAAAGAGUGUCAAAACAGCAAGACUUCAGAAAACAACUGAAAAACUGGACACAAGAAGAUAAAAUGAGUGCUUCUGGAGGAAGCUGUGGAAGUCCCAACUCUGCAGAACCUACUGCUGACUACUUCAAGGAUCUCUGGUCCAAACUGAAGGAAUGUCAUGAUAAAGAAGUAAAAGGAUUAUUGUCAAAGAUCUCCAAACUGAAAGCAGAACGGUGUUUGGAUGCAGCGAGGCUUGAAGAGUUUUACACCAAAAAUCAGCAGCUCAGAGAGCAACAGAAAUCAUUGCAUGACACUAUUACAGUUUUAGAAGAUCGGUUAAGAGCAGGAUUAUGUGAUCGUUGUGCAGUAACUGAAGAGCAUAUGAAAAAGAAGCAGCAGGAAUUUGAAAAUAUCCGACAACAAAACCUUAAGCUAAUCACUGAACUUAUGAAUGAAAGAAACAACUUACAGGAUGAAAAUAAAAAGGUUUCUGAACAGCUUCAGAAGAUGCAGCAGAAGAUAGAGGAGCAGGAGCAAUAUAUGGAAGGAGUUAUUCCAGAUUCACCAGUUCAGUCACUUUCACUUUCUAUGGUUAAUCGAAUGCGCCGAAAACGAGAUAAUAGGCAUGUCCGGUACACAGAACAAAAGUACACAGAUUUGGAACAGACGGGAAGAAAUCAUGAGCUUGGGAAGAUCCCAUUAUCAUCCACUCAAAGGCAUGUCCAUUCUGGAGAAGAAAUAUUGGUGGCAGAGACCUGUGAUCCCCAGUUGUCCCCUGUGUCACAGUUUCCCCCAGUAUCAAAUAAAUAUAAUGAAAAAGUGACAGGAGAGUGUCCUGACACAGUAUCACCUUUUAACUUGGCUACAGUUGUUGCAGAAACCCUUGGGCUUGAUGAGGCUGUGCCUCAGAAAAAAACAGAGGGAGUUUCCAGAAAACAGCUGAUUCCUGGGUGUCCUAAAAGUAAUGGUGACAACAUGGGAUUUUCAGAUCCAUCUGAGGACACUUCUCCACUUGUAGAUUGGGAUCCUAAGGUAUCUUCCCCUGUUUUUGGAGCAUCUGCCAAUGUGAAGAACAGCUUGGGCCUGAGUACGAGUCUUUCCCCUUCCGUGUUAGCAACGGGACAGAAGUCAAAUCUAAAAAUCAACAUCACAAGCAAUUCUUCCCUUUCUAGAUCUGAGAAAGUGAAAUCAAAAUCUGUAGAUGUUUCUUUCAUUGCACCAUGUAACCUCGAGUCUGAAAUAACCUCAGUUAUCAGUCAGGCUCCAACUGGUAGGCAAGCGGUUCUGAAACAGAAUUCAGAUGAGCCCAUAACAUGUGUGACAAACACACAUUUAGAUAAAGAUGAGACAGUCAAAAGUGGCUCCUUUCUUGCAUCGCAGAAGCUAUUAGGAAGCAGGUGUCAUAAAAGGAAGAAAUCUGAUGAGAGGAGCGGGCAUGUUAUUAGCUGUGAAAAAGAAAAUGCCUUCCCAUCCCAUGAUAAUAUAACCGAUAAGCCUUUAGAUCUGUCUGAUCGUUUUUCGGGUUUUCACUGUCAAGAAAAAAGCCACAUAAUUGCUGAGAGCUCCAAAACCAGGAUGAGGCAGCCAACUCUCCUUGAUGUUUUUCAACCACUAGUGAAAGGUUCUUCAUCUAAAAUCAUCAAUGGUAAUUACUUAACAAGCAAAGAUUCUCAAGAAGAUCCCAGUGUACAGGAAGCAAUCCUGAAAUCUCUCAGCAAAGCAUCUCCAGAGAGAGACCCUGAAGUACAAAUAAAACAAGAAAUUACUGCCUUGUGUAAUCCACCUUUGCCAAAUGAUGCCCUAGAAUCCAACCUCUCUGAAGAUAUGAAGGUUGCUGCUGACCUUGAACCAACAAGUAAAAGAAUAAGGUCAGGACACGUAGUUGGUGAGCCAGCAUCUGUGCUUCAGCCAAAUCCUUGCAGAAUGACAAAAGCCACACAGCUCUACAAUGAGCAAGAUAAAACAUCACUGGAAAGCGUGCAGUGGAGUAUAGAUCCAGGAGCUGACCUUUCCCAAUACAAAAUGGAUGUUACUCUGAUAGACACAAAAGAAGGUACCCAAACAAGAAUUGGAGCAGAAACCAUGGACAUGGACUAUACAUAUGUCAGUGAUAGUAUUUUAUUAAGAAUGAAAAAGCAAGAAGACAAAAAAGCAAGCAGUCCAAAAGGAGAGAAAAGAGAGAGUGACACCAUAGGAGAAAUAUUUGAUCGGACAUCAUAUGAAGAAUAUGAAUCCUACUUAGAAGACGAUAAUAUUCCAGAAUGUAACAAUAAUGAGUCUUCUCAAGAAGAAGAAGAAGAAAAUAAGGAGGUGUUAACAGUAAAGAAACACCUGCAGGGGCACAGAGGCAAACAAGAUAAAACCAAACAGAAGGCUUUUGUGGAAACACAUUUUAAAAGCGAUGAGAGAAGGAAAACUGUUUUAGAUUAUCCUCAUAUUGAGGUUGUGCGGAAAAAAGAAGAAAGAAGGAAAUUACCUGGCCACACUUGUAAGGAAUGUGAAAUAUAUUAUGCAGAUUUUCCAGAAGGGGAGAGAGAGAGAAAGGUAGCUACCUGUUCAAGACAUCGAUCUCGCUAUGCUCCUCCUGACACCCCAGAAAAUUUCUGGGAAGUUGGAUUCCCUUCUACCCAAAUGUGUGUUGAAAGAGGUUAUAUAAAAGAGGACCUCGCUCCCUGCCCACGUCCUAAAAGAAGACAACCUUAUAAUGUGAUGUUUUCUCCAAAAGGCAAAGAACAAAAAACAUAAUUGAGGAAUAAAAUGUUAAAAUAUGAGAGAGAAAUCCUUUGUUUCAGUUCAUAUUUAUAAUCAGUGAAAAGAUAAAGGAUACGGGGAAAAUUGAGACUUCACUUUCCUCUUAUCAUUUAAAAAUAUGUCCCUCAAAUGCAACUAUUUAAUGUAUAUAUACAGUAAAUAUGUUAUUUUUGUAUAUAUGUUUAUGUGACUUGUCCUAAUUUUGCACCUUUUAGUAUGGAGGGCCUGUUUCUGAUCCAUUGGAGUCUGCAGUUCAACUCCCUUCUGGCUGCAUUCAAACUUAGUAUAUGUUGGUGUGAAUUCUUUGCAGCUGCUCACUUCAGGUCUAGAAGAUUCCCAGGAACCUUAGGUUGAACCUUAGAGGGUGCUUCCAUUUUGCACUGGAUAACUUAAAUAAUGUGUAACCAUUUGCUUUUUGUAAUUUUUUUUAAUCGAAUAAAAUGCAUUUUCUUAA